UCCAUCGUCGGCGCUAACACUUUAGUCUGUGUGCGGAUGCGUCGGCGUCCCGACUCCGCAACAUUACAUUAUCGCAUGUGUACUUAUACGUACAGUCGUCGGUUGUGCUCUAUAUACUCUAUUCAUCCAACUAUUAUUAAUAGUAAUACGUAAAAGUGUCCUCGCGUUGUCUUUGAUCCACUACUUGGGAAAUAAAUGCAAUUAUUAAGAAUAGUGCGGAUUACGUCAGAGAGAAGGAAACUCAGCCGUAUAUACAACCGUACACAUCAAUCAACACAGCUAAUAGUGUUAUCUGUCCACUAGUUAUUUAUCUACAUCAUGCCAAUAAAUAUACUGCUUUUAUAAGUGGCUGUAUACGUAUACGUAGUGAAAAACGCGAGUCUCAUUUAUAUACAUGUAUAUUUGUAUGUGAGUGCGAAUGCACAUGUGAACGUUGACACCCACGCGUGAGCACAUUUGCAUGUGUCGAGUAAAGCUCGCACGAGAAUAAAGAAAUCGAGAGACGGCACGGCGUCCGUUCGACCGAAUUAACGCGUGUUAUAAGUAUACAGUGCAGUGCUUGACUCGGUAUACCUGUAUGUAUAAUAUUUGACUCCAAAAUACCACGAUUCCAUCAGGGGGCGAGCGUUGAAAACGUUGCGGCCGAGCGAUAGCGGGCAAUUUGUCAACCUGCUUCCCCUCCAACUUCACCAAUGGUGAAGAAGCAGCAGAAAGCUCGGCUUGAUGGGGGCGUCCGCAUACCCGUAUCCAACAGACUGGCCAAGCAUAGUAACCGGAGAAAGCGCCCACCCUCCAUCACCACCAACAUCACAACCGUCCAAGGUGCUGCUCGUCGGCUCGCAGUCGUGAGGAUGCUGUCGCAGGAGUAUUCGGAGGGUGAGCCCGGAGUGCCGGGAACAAGUACUGGUUGCAAGGACGAGGGCGCGGCAGGAAGCUCCAGCGGUGCCGUGACACCGAGCGGCUUCGUAAACGGCGAGGGGACUCAGGAGUUCCUGUCAACCGGCCGGACUGGACGCAGAAACGCCAUGCCCGACAUACUAGGGCAGUACGCGGAGACCGGCACUGCCGAUCUACCCGAGAAACUCGAGGCACUCAGCACGGAUCCCGGCAACUCGUCGAGGAGUCAAGCCGAGGCCUCGUCGUCGGAACAACAGCAACAGCGCGCCGGCUGACCACUGGACACCACCGUUGGCUCCACCGAAGCAUGGGACAGUCGUUGAAUCUCAGAAGCACACCCGAGCUCUCUCUCUCUCUCUCUCUCUCUCUUGUUUCUUUUUUUUUUUUUUUUUGCCUACGUGUCUUUCUCGCAACGUCAGAGUGAGCUGUGCAUAUACGAGCGACGAUGCGCCAACAAUAAGACAGCGUGUAAACGGAAUGGUUUUUCUCUUCGUUGAUUUUUAUUUAUUUUUUCUCUUUCGCGUCAAGACAACGCAUAAAAAGAGCGCGGCUCGCCGUACGCCAAGUGUAUCAAUUUAUAUACGUGGUAUAAUAUAUAUAUAUAUAUGUUACGCGUGAGAUCGAUGCUGCAGCUAUAACAUGUAAGCGUUUACACGCGCGGGUGCAAAAAGGUUUUGUGUACAUAUUUAAUGGGUGUUUCGUUGACCGAGAAAGAAAAACAAUUACCUGAUGUGUGUGCUUUUCAACUGUCUAUUUGGUUCCUUGUAUGUUGUGUGUAUGUUGAUUUUAUUUAUUUUUUUUUUUAUUUACCACUUACAAGGGUAUCGUUGCAGGUGGUUGUCCGGGUAUUUAUUAUGCAUGAUGGUCGAUCGGUAGUGUGUUCAUCCUCGAAUCUCUGCGGUUUAUAAAUGUGCAUGUAUAUAUAUAUACAUAUACGUGGGAGCGGCUAUUUAAGAGGGAUGCAAGGGGCCGUCGUCGUGUAAAUAAACAAAUAUUUUUUUAAUUAGACUAGCGCGCGUUUAGGUAUGAUCGGAAACUCGAUGAUUUUUAUCGGUAGUGUUUUCUAUGUAUUUGUAUUGUAAUAUAUUGAAUAAUGUACGCGAAUGCGGAUGAUUUUUUUUUUGUGGGUCUUGAGGACAGGAUUUUUUUUUUUUAGAUGUCGCCAUAGGUGUCGAUAAUGGGGCGAGGGAGGAGGGAUUUAUUAAAUUUCUCGUCGGUCUGGACUUGAGGAGGGGGAUCUCUUGAUCUUUCAUUGUUAGCUGGCGAUUGCGUCCUCCCGUUCUUGAGGGAGAAGGAAAAAUAAUUGGAAAACCCAAGUUGUGAUUGAAAAAUGUCAAUAAAAUUCUCGCGAAAAGUAUUUUUAAUCUCUUAAAGUUAAUGAUGACGGGGUUUUCUUGAAACUCGAUAAUUUUUUUGAUGGACCAAUAAAAUUCUCAACAAAUGAUGGUCGUUUAUAAUAAUAAUUUCAAUUACCAUGAGUAGAACAACACUUUGUAGAGAAGCAGACAAAAAUUCUUUUUAGAGGCAAAAAUGACGUUCGUCUCUUUCUCUUUGAUGCAGCAUUCCUAUAGGAAACUUUCACGAUGACCGUGAAAGUUUUCAAGGAUAUUCCCAAUAGCCAAAACGAAUCUCAAACAAACUUAAUUUAAAAGUGAAUUUUUUUACUACUUUAUUGCAAUUGAA